AACACGGUGCGCGUAAAGUUUCCUCUCUGUUGGGAAAGAAUUGAAAGAGUUGAACAUGGAGUCCCGGAGGAUGACAAACUUUGACUGACAUAUGUUUUCUGGAAUGCGUUUUCUUCAUCAUGCGUAAACGAUGAUGGCCAAACUGCAGCGGAAACUUUUAAGGUCCGGGGAGAGGAGUUUUCAUUCAACAGAGCGGAUCCCUCCACAACUUUAUUAGUUAAGACGCGCGCGCAUUGCUAUAUUCAUCAUAUACACGUGCGCGUGUAGGUGCUAUGACACUGACUGGACUUUAAAGAUUCUCGAGUGUCGAAACUUUGUUCCUGAAAGUUAUUGCAGAGGAAAUUCACUGCCGUGUAUGUGUUAAGUGUAAAGUAGGGGAUCAUGCAGAAGUUGAACUCGGUGAACAGUCACACGGAGCUCCAGCAGCGGCUCGCGGAUCUCGGCGGAUCGGGAGACGGCGCGCGGGAGAACGGCACUAAACAUGCGCUGAGUUCCGAGGAACCGUCGGGCACCGUCCAAUGCUCCAGCAGAAAGAUGCUGGUCGGGCUGGACAUCCUCUGUCUGCUCGUGGCCUCAAUCCCGUUCUUCGCCUGUGAACUCAAAGCCGUGCCUCCGUACGUGAGGGGCUUUUUCUGCGGGGACCCAAGCAUCACCUACCCUCACUUAAAGACCGACUCCAUUUCUGAUAGCGUGCUCAUAGCUGGAGGCAUCAUCAUCACAGGGCUCACGAUUGCCAUUGGGGAGUGCUACCGGGUUCGAUUCAGAGGCGUGCACUCCCGGGCAUUCGUGCGGAACCUCUAUGUGUCCUGUCUGUACAAGGAGCUGGGCAGCUUUCUGUUUGGCUGUAGCAUCGGAAUGUCUUUGACCAACAUGGCAAAGCUGAGCGUGGGCCGACUGCGUCCAUACUUCUUAUCGGCGUGCAACGUGACCUACGCUUCGCUCGACUGCACACCCGGAUCUUACGUAGCAGAGGUCACCUGCAAUAGCCCCGCCGGAGUGGUGGAAGAGGCCAGAAAGUCCUUCUUCUCCGGGCAUGCAUCUUUCUCCAUGUACACCAUGCUUUACCUGGCGUUUUACCUGCAGGCACGGUUUUCAUGGCGAGGGGCGCGACUCCUGCGGCCGCUGCUGCAGUUCAUGUUGGUGAUGUUAGCGGUGUACACGGGACUCAGUCGCAUUUCUGACUACCGCCAUCAUCCCACUGAUGUCCUGACUGGAUUCGUGCAGGGAGGACUCACUGCAUAUUGGGUGAGCUUUCACAUCUCGUCCAUGUUUAAGACGUCACGUGCAGACCUUUCUCCAACGAGUCUGUCUCUGGAGAGUCCUCUGUCCAGCCAGCAUACAGUCUGCUAACAGAUCACGCCUGCACAUAGAGACACCUGAGAGACUUCAGAAAGAUAUUAGUGAAUGGGAUGCGAUUAAGUGAAGAAGAUGAAACUAAGAACACACUCACUGUUUCCUGCCAGCCCAGACAGAAGAAGAACAGUGAUGUAUGCAUCUAACCCAUCAUCAGACCCGUCCACCAUGUCUCGACCCUCCUUAGACAAAUGAUAUUUUUAUAUAAAAAGUUUAUCCUUUAUAUUUUUCAGAUAUGUUAUAGUUGAAGCUGCUAAUAAUUGUUGUUAAUAGUUUGUCACCUGUAGCCCAGGUUUUUUACGGUCAGAUAUUCACACCGUACAGUGAUUACAGAUAAUAGCUCGGUAUUUCUCACUACAUGAGACUUUUUAAGGCUGUUUAGUUCGUGUCGAAUCUUAGGUCCUCACCGAUCUAAUGAACUGAAUUCUGUUCAGCCAUUGGACAAAAAACAGACCAAUCACAACAGAGUUACGGCCCUCACCCCUUUUGUUUGCUAAUGGUGCGCUGUUGCACAAUCAUACCGGUGCGGAUUGUAGACACGGUCUGUUUAUGAAAAGCACAAAUCCGAUUUAAAGCUCGACCUUUUUGUAUUGUAUUAAGGUUCAUGUUUGUACUAACCACUUACACCGCACGACUACAGAGUGACUGAAAGGAGGUUUGACCCGAAAAAACCUCCUCAACCCCUUCGUCUGCAUCACGAGGGCUUGAAUCCGGCCCAAACACUCAGCAGACUGGGGGUCUUAUACCUGUGUACCCUUUACUACUCAUAGCACUUGAAUUACACUAUGGAACUUUCUAGUUACUAAAGAUAUAUAAUAUUUUAUAUUUGAUCUUCUUUAAUCAGUGUUUUAUUUUCUUCCUGCGGUCAGUGCCAUUUAUUUGUGUACCUGUUUGUGUGUGUGUGCCCCCCGCCCCAGAUUAUAAUUAUUCAGAAUGAAUGUAAAUAAAUCAUUUUAUAAACGAUCCAGAUUUCGAGAAGUAUUAGCAUCGCUUUUGUAAUUUUUUUUUUGUUUAUAUAUGUUUUUAUUGUUUGUGUUGAUCAGGUACGACCGAGUUGUUGUUGCUAACUGUUAAAGAGACUAGUGACUGAGCCAGAAUUGUAAUGUUGACAGAAAGCUAUAUAAAUAUAUAUAUAUUCUACUUAUCUAGUUUCAUUUCAUUCGUUGGUUUCCCCUGUGAAAGCCAGUGAGGCUAAAAUAACCACUGUAUUAAUAAACCAAACCAAUAAAAUGAAUGUUCAAGCUUU